CUCCGCUAACAAAGCACCACAUUCUUUAUUCAAAUUCCACUCUUUUUUACAACCACUAGCGAGUUCUACUCAAAAACAUGUCCUCAGCCCCACUUGCAGGCCGCCCGCCGUUUGCAACAGACGAACCGGAUACCAUCUACGAGACUUCCCCGUCUCCAGCCAAACGCCGCGUCGCUCCUCCCAAACCAGACGACCCAAACAAGCGAUCCAGCGCAUACGACGUAUAUGAUAACUACCUCGCAGGUGACGCCUCCACUUCCAAGAACCCAUUCGACAGUCCACCACGCAACACAACCAGAAACCCGGAUGACGCUGGCCACCUCCGCCCUCCUCGCCCGCUUUCCGGCCACUCACAGACUUCCCGCAACAGCGGUGUAGGCGGAAUCGGAAUGGGUCUUCUCAACAUGGACUACAGCGACUCGGAGGAUGAAGACGACGACGACGACCCUAAACCCAGCACUUCUCCCGCCUCCAAGAAUGCCGCCCUUGCUGCCGCCGUCAGCCAGAAACCAACGUCUCCCACAUCCACCGUUAAUAGGUCCCCCUUCUCACCGCCGCCUGAGAGCAGCAACGCGUCUCUGCAGCCCGCCCCGGCUGCCGGUGCAUCUCACUCCCCUCCACCCAUCGCCGCUCCCCGUCCGGGCUACGCAGCGCCGAUUGCAGCACUCCAGAACCCAUUCGAACCAACUCCCUCACCUGAGAACCCACCGGCACUCUCCCCCAACAACACCAACAAUAACACCGCUCUUAACCGCAUGCCCUCCGCUCGAAUCCCACCUGCCGCACCGAUCGGCGGUAUUCCCUCUACUGCCCCCAUGCCUCGCACUGCUCCCCCGCCUAUCGCCAUCCCGCCCGCCGCCCUUACUCACGGCGGUCCCAUUCCCAGCAUGACCCCCGCCCCCCUCCAAGCGCCCGCAACACCGAUCAUGCCGGUGUUCGCCAUCCCAAAGUCGGCCGCUGAAAAAGAGACAUCUGUCAAAUUCCAGACUGGCCAACCCCUACCGCGUGCCAAGGCUAUCAUGCGCGGACAGGGAGAGGACCCACUUCUGCCCAGGCGAGGUGAGAAGGGAGAUGAUUUCUGGAGGCGGUUCAGUAUGAUUGCGAAGGAUGAGGGUGGAAAGAAGGAGAGUAUAUGGCUUCGCAAGACUCGGGAUGGUUCCAACCGCUUGUCGCGAUGGGUGUGGGUUGUUGGCAUGCUGCUGUUAAUGGCCAUCGUUGGUGCUAGUGUUCUCGGCUGGUGGUUCACCCGCUCAGACGAGCCGUCGCACACGGAACCUGCUGUUUUGGCAGGAAAUACCUCCAAGGUUGCCGCCACCUUUGCCCCGACCAACACCCCUGCUGCCGCAGGUACUUCACGGUCUGUUCUGCACGUCACGCCUACGCAUACGAUUGGUGAACGUGGACUACUUGAUGAGAUCAUCACUCCUACCCCCGUGGCUGCUUCACAACCUACCCGAACGGCCAAUGUGCAUCUUCGGAGACGAGGAGGUAAUCGGAUAGUUUGGUAA